AUUUGAAUUCUACACACAAACACUGACAUUGAUUUUGCUUUAAGCCGUGAAUUGCCGCACCUUGAAUAAUGGUACCACCGGCAAUAAAGUCACCGUUGAAUUACUCAGCAAGAAAUUACAGUUAUUCUCAGGCAAUUACUCUCACAAAUGCUUCAGCUUGGCAAGGUUAUGAGGUCAGUGGUUCUGAUAUGAUAUGGAAAGAUGCUAUGGAAGCAUUGAAAGAAGCCGGUGCCCAACUGUAUAUAGGCCAUUCUUAGCUCAAUCUGAGAAAGUAUAAUGGUUCAGUGCCUGAUGCCCUUGUUAUGUCGAGUGCGAUUCCUGGAGGCAAUGUGGAGAUUUUACAAGCCGAGUCUGUUGGGGAACCUGUGUACAAGCGAGGAACUUGGUUGGGCAGGAUCACUGAAAGCUACAACCUCAUUGCUGUCAGUGGUAGCCAUGGGAAGAGUACCACAGCUAUUAUGCUUGCUUAUUUCUUAAAUGCAAUGGGGGAUGAUUUUACAGCUGUAAUUGGGGCUUGGGUACCACAGCUUGUUGCAAGAAACAUUGUCUGUGGAACUGGUUGCAACUUUGGAUUGGAGGCUGAUGAAUAUGACUGUUGCUUCCUUGGAGUAAAACCUCAAAUAGCUGUGGUAACAAAUAUAGAUUGGGAACAUGUAGACAUGUUUCAAGACGAGGCAGCAGUUAAAACUAUUUUCGGGAAGUUCAUUGGACAGAUAAGGGUUGGAGGACAUUUCAUUUUAUGUGGUGAUACAUAUAUAUUGCUAAAUUUCCUUCCAAGUCCGGGUGCACGUUCUUUGGUCAACAAAACGGGCGCAGGCUCUGCUCUUUCAGUUCUUCGCAAUGAUGCAUUCCAGUUUUCAACAUUUGGAAUUUCUAGUUGUAACGAUUGGCAUGCCUUAUCUAUAUCCCUAAACUUGUGUGGAGGUAGUGACUAUCAGCUGUUCCACAAGGGACUACAUACUGAGGACAUCAGCCUACAAAUGCCGGGAAUCCACAAUGUUCUUAAUUCAUUAGCAGUCAUUGCAACAAUCAGUGCUCUUUCCGCGGAUCAGAAAAAGUUUCUUAGUUCCAUUGUUUCUUUGCAGCUACACAAGCAAAAUUUUAGAGGUGUUUCUAGACGUUUUGAGAGGAUAGGUACAGUACGUGGGUGCCAUAUCUCCGAUGACUAUGCUCACCAUCCCACUGAGAUUCGUGCUGUUCUUCAAGCAGCACGCCAGAGUUUUCCAUAUCAAGAACUUAUAGUAAUAUUUCAACCUCAUACAUACAGUCGUCUAGCAGCAUUGAAAGAUGACUUUGCUAUUGCAUUCACUAAUGCGGAUAGAGUUGUGGUUACAGAGAUUUAUGCAGCUAGAGAAACAAAUAUGUGGAAGAUCAGUGGAAGCGAUCUUGCAAUAUCUAUAGUUGGUCCACCAUCUGAGUUUAUCCCUUCCCUGAUACAAGUGCUGGAAAUGCUGGUUGUUCAGAUAUCCAAGGAUCCGGAUCAUGAAACUGUCAUCUUGACCUUAGGGGCAGGAGAUGUAACUUCAGUUGGUCGUAAACUACUAAUUGAAUUGCAGCAGAGACUGCUAUAGUUUACUGCUUUCACGAGACCGGCAGCAAGCAUUUCCGUUUCUGGACAGGAAGAUGUUUAUAGUCUUCACAUAUAAUUGGCUAAAAUUAAAGCCGAGGGUGCUAGCACUGUGCACAUUCAUCCACGCUAAAUUCAGAUGGUGCCAUGCCCGACCUCAUAAUAGAGGAUCUCAACACGCAGAUAUGAUGAUGAUGACAUUCAACUGCUUGAGAUUGUCUGCAUCCAUUGACUGCUUUCCCUACUGCAGCAAACGCACCAUUUCACUAGGAACACACCCAUUGGUAUAAAAGUGAUGGAGUAAGAAAGCACCACAUUGCACCCCCGAUAGUAAUUCUGGGGCCCUUUCGGCUCUCACCUCCCAGCAUCACUGAUCAUCUUGAUUAUUGAGUAUUUAUGUUGGCAACAGUACAUUUCCAACCUUUAUGACCACCUCCUUAACUUAGCAAUCAUGUGGAUUGUGGAAGGAGAUAGGAGAGCUUUUGAAAGGUUAGAGAACGACUAUGUAUCUUUGAAGAAUAUACUCCCAUUCCUAUUUUCUUGUGCAUCCAUGAACUUCCAGUUGGUAUAGAAGAUAGUGCUUAGUUUGUAGAGAAUCAAUCAUAUUGUGUUGUAGAUUAUCUUAGUUUGUAGAGAAUCAAUCAUAUUGUGUUGUAGAUUAUCUACUUUUUGAUAUACUGUUUGUAUAUGGGAGAUUUUCUCAUUAUUAAUAAAUUUAUGUACUUAAAAAAAAUGAUCACCUUCUUGGCUUCUUUUUGUGGAGAAGCAGGAGCUAUUUCAUUAUGUACAUACAGCAUAUACAAUAUUACUGUACAGUGUAAUCAAUUCAGUUCAAUGCUUAUGGAAGUCCAACCAGGUUCCGUCCGAGUGAAAGAGGCUGCAUAUUUUUCUCAUUAACACAGAUAUCUAAAUUAAACACUGUUGAGGGAGUCUUACACAAAUCUACUUGUCUUUUGAGCACUGACUCGAGCGAAAUUUCUUAGAGCGUGCAUAGCAAGCAAUAAGGACAGAAGUGGAGAUCACAGGUUGAACAAACUGAGAGCAGCCAAAUACAGUCACUCAGAUUAGAUUGAUGGAGGAAAAAAAUAAUCAUAUUUCGUGCAACGCGCAUGAUACAGUUUUCAGCUCAAAUCCAACAAAAACAAAAGUGCACAUUUCUAAA